AUGUUUGGCAGCCUCUUCUCCAAUCGAUAUAAUAAGAAACGCGAAAUUUUCUAUGCUCAAUAUGAGGAGACACGUGAGCGUUAUUCCAAUCUGCCCAUCUACAAGCGUCCUAAAGAGCCUUUAAGCUGUAAGUCUCCAAAAUACAGCCGCAGAAAAAGAAAACCCGCAGACUACGAUUACGAUGAGUGCUGCCAGUUGCAUGAGUCCCGGCUGGAGUGCAACAUGUGCUGCAAGCAUUUUGGCCAAAACUGCGAGUUGCAACUGCAUUCGCUAGAUGAUUGCCGCAAAUAUUUGCUUGCCACACUGUCCAACUGAGCGCAAAUCAAAGUUUAGCUAAGCAAGAGCCAACAUUUAGUUACAUAAUAAUCCAAGUUCUUGUAACUAAGUAGCAAGUGCAACCAGUUAAUCAAAUAUAAUUCGACUCGGACGUGGCAACAUCUUGACUUGCCUCGCCUUGUUGGCACAUUUAAUAUUUAUUGUUAGAGGAUUUACACAGAUUUACACUGAAUUUGCUUGACUAAUUUAAAUACAAAUGACAAGUUGUGUAAGCCAGACGUGUGUUAAUUGAGUUCGCUCGACUGAGAAGUACCCUGUAUGCAGUUAAAUUCAUAAGCUCUUGAAUGAUUCGUGUAGUUUAAAAUA